GCGUCAUUCCGAGGACCUCGGCCUUUGGCAUUUGAACGAUCGCGGUGUGAAGACAAAAAACGCAUCGGAAAAGCGACUGACGUCACGGUUGCGUGGAAUUUAUCUCGGACAAGCAGCUGGUGAGAAGCAACUACAACGCGAACCGAUUUCACAACAGAACGACCUGCAAAGUGGAGAAAGAGAAAGACCGUCCACCUCGCCUGCAAAGUUUCCCGCUCGAGUUGCUGCGAAGCUUUUCCUGGACCCGAGUGAGGAGAAGCAAGGUCUUGAUAAGAAGAAGCUGAAUCAAGCAAAGGCCACUGCCCAAGAUGAUGAUGGGGCAGUAGCUGCAGACCAUAGAACAGAACUACAGCGUCGUCGAGGGCUCGAACUUCAUGGCGGAUUGGCACUAGCACGAUCUGGCGAGUCAAAGGACGACGUAGAUGCAGCUUCGUCAGCACGGAACAACAAGAGC